AAAAAAGAUGUGUUAUAUCUACGGAAAAAGAGACGCAACAUGAUAAUACCUCAGUACUUCUGGUCAGGCGAGAGAAAGCAUGACAGGGUUCGCCCGGCAGAGCUACACAACGGACCGCUCGCGGGCGAUCAAUAGUGUAGCAAUCCCCGGCCGCUCAUUUGCUGUCAAGCUCCCCACUGUCGCCCUCCUCUCCUUGGCGUGGAUGUGCCUCACCUUUGCAACAGCCGCGUCUGGCGACUUGGAAAUCCCAACACAUCCCCCGUUCGUCCUACCGUGUUGAUAGACAGGAUAGGCCCGGUAAGCUAGUCUCACUGGUCGUCAGUUGUUCAGGAUAAAGGCUAGCAACCCUAGAAAUAAAAAAUCUCGAACCGAUCAGUAUCCGGAGUAAGACAUAAUCGGGAAAGUGAACGAUCUCAAUGGUUCAUGGCCUCGAAACAGGUCUUGGCUACUUUAGUCCAGCAGACCUCUUCCUGUCUUAUCAAAAAGAAUGUUGGCUAUGACUCUAGGUAAUUCCUCUCUGUCGGUUU